GGUUAUUCAACAUGAAUCAAACUCAAGCUGGCUUAUGUUGAUCAUUUUUAUAAUUUUUUAGACGACGUUUUGUAUCUGUUUACCUAAUAAAUAAUUAAAGAAUUUUCCAUUGCCCGCCCUCUAAAAAUAGAAUUUUCCAUUACCACCUAUUAAAGAAUUUUCCAUUGCUCGCCCCCUGCAUUUCCAUUGGUUAUCCAUUUACCUAUUAAAGCAUUUUCCAUUGAUUCGCGAAGUUUAUUGAGAUGUUGAUAGAAAAAGAUCAAGAAUAUUAAACUCUCAUGUGCAAAAAAACAAUCAUUCAAUAUAUUUGCUUUUGCUGCAUUUUUUCAUCUCUCCUUCUCCAGACUACUACUCCAGACUACUGGUGACAACUGCAUGCAAAGAAAAUAGUCAAAAAAAUUAUCAGGGUCGUCGUUUAUUGUCAAGGAGCAGACUAAACAAAAGUAUAUUUUCCUCAAUCUCAAAAGACUGCAUCGACCAAAAUGUUGUCUGUUUUUCGUAAUGCCAUGGCCCGUGCAGGGCGCAGCCAACGAGGUCGCUUCUUCGCUUCUGCCACCCAAGACCAUCGUUCUCGUGGCCAAGGGUUGGGGUCAGCAAUGCCUCCUGGUGCUAGUCUCGCCAAAGGCAUGAAAACCCCACUGGUGGAAUUCGGACUUACGUCCAACGCAAAUGCUUCGAAUCUUAAUACGUCCAACGCUACUCCUAGCACGAUGAAGAACGUGAUUGUUUCAGACAAGUCAUGGGAAAAGCGGUCUGCUGUGGUGUCUUCUUCCUAUAAGAAAGGUCGUGGAUCUGGAUCUGGGAAUAAAGCAGGUACAACAAAGAAGAAAAAACCGAAAGCCGGACCGACCACUUCCAAUAAUAAGGUCCUACAAGUACGAAGAUCUUCCACAGCCGACAUUGACAAGAAAACCUUACUCGCUGCUCGCAAACAUGUUGCAGACUUGAAAGCGAAAUUGCGUAAAACUCUGGGCAUAUCGGGAACCGGUUUAUAUCGUGUCAAGUCGAAAAAGUUAAGCACUCCGAUUACUAGAGCAGGAGGUGGCAGAUUCAUUCUCACCGCACCGCAAACGAGCAAUAUCACAAGCGUGUCUUUGCAUCUCAAGAAUGGCGGAGGUGGCGGUGGUGGAAAAGCGAAAGCGUCGAAACCUACGGUCGGGAAAAAAACAGCGGUCGCUAAAAAACAACUGCCAAAGAAGGCAGCGGGAAAGAAAAAUGCGCCUACUGUGACGAAGAAGGUAUAUAAUUAGCGCUCGAAAAUUCGAAUUUUUGAAUUCAACAUAAUCAUUGAUUUUGCCGGUGGGGCUCGUUGUGCAGGAUCCAUAACCUAAGCUAAUCUUCUGCUUCAACGUCAUCACUAUAACCAUCCUUCCAACCGACAGCACCUUCUUCUUCUUCUUCUUCUUGAUUAUCUACACUUAUUAAUGAAUUUCUUUCGAAACAACAAAUAACAAUAACUUCUAAAUAGCUUGAACAACAUCUACAUCUAAACAUCUACUACGUACAUCAACAGAUCGAGCACACGACCUCCAAGAUGAAGUUGGAACGCUCUUUGGAGACUACCGCUCACCGCUGUCUAGCUGCCGCAGAAACAAGAGCUGAUAUGAAGAGAGCCAAACAAAGGAUCGAUACCCUGGUUAAACUUAAGGCUUUCCUCCAUGAUCGUGAGACGAGAACGAGAAGUCAUUCUAUUUUUCAUCAAGAAGUUUCUUGAAACUAGAAUAACUAACAGGAACUACUAAAAUGAUUUGUCAAAAGUGUAAGUAUGAGCUUCUAUAGAAGAGCGGUAGAACGAUAAGGGUGAAGUAGUAGAGGCUUCAGCCUGUAGUUCUAGCGGAAUUGGAAUAGUGUUAUCGAUCUUUGAAAAAAGGAACUAACAGAAUGCUGCUUGUCAACAAGAAGAUGGAUCAUUAGGCUGUGUGAGCUCUAAUAAAGGAAUUGCACGUCGCUCGGAGAAUAAACACAUGCGCGAGCGCUUGCACGGACUUGUGAAACGCAUUACUGCUAAACACAUGGCCGAAAUGAAGAAGGUGAACAAAAAAACACACCAACAACAUCAACAACAACAUCAAGCAAGUAAACCAAGUAAGAACCGUCCAUCCCUGAAGGAGCAGAUUCAACUCUUACAGCAACAAGCACUGGAAUUUAUCAAAAAGAACAAAACUUCCUCGGAUGUGGAAGUCCUUGGUGGCUCUACGUCUAAAUCCAUGUCAGAGCUCACUCGCGCUCAGACCAAGCGUCGUGGCCAAAUCGAUUCUCUGGUCAAAAAUAUCGAGCGAUCCGCGAAGUUCAACAGUGUGCUGAAUCGUGUACAAACAAAGCGUCGUGGCCAGAUUGACGCUCUGGUGAGGAAAAUCGGCAAAAAUGCAGACGUGAACAAGAUGCUGAACCGCGCUCAAACAAAGCGUCGUGGCCAGAUUGACGCUCUGGUGAGGAAGAUAGGGGCAAAACAAGAACGACAUUUGUUGCUCAACCGAGCUCAAACGAAGCGAAGAGGCCAGAUUGAUACGCUUGUGAAGAAAAUCUAUGCUACCCAACACCAAAGACAACCGAGAGAUAAAGAACUUGUUUUGUAUGUGGAGAACAUGAACAAGGGCAAGCGUCGUGUCGGAGCAGCUGCGAGCAAGAUGAAGAAAACUACUGCUUCCAUGAAAAAAAUGAAGAAAAUGCUGAAAACUUCUACUGCUGCUGUUGCUACUAAAAAAGCCAAAGGGCUGCAGGCAAGAAAGAUCACGCUUCCUGGACCCACAUCAACUGCUAAAACAUCUUCUUCGGCCACAACAUCUUCUUCGUCCACAUCGUCUCCCCAAGCAUCCACUUCUUCUAUUCCUCCUUUUCAAGACGACAAGCAUCAGCACGAGAUGAUGCGACUCCGGAUUUUGGGCUUGAUUCAUCGGAUUGAGAAAAAAGCUAAACAGAAUAACCAGAAGAUGAAAGCUGCUAUGGUGGAAAACAAAUUUCGAGCUCUCGAGAAAAUGAUCAAGAUGGUGGAAGCGAAGAAGGCGAGCAAGAUGAUGAGCAACAAGAGUGCGGCUGGCGCUUAUAAGAUGAAGACUGCUUCUAGUACUGCUGCCACCUUAAAAAGAGUGGAGAAGGAAUUGGUUGCUGUAGUACAAAAGAUGAAAAUGAAAACACGCUUUUCUGGUAUGAAGAAGAUGAUGAAGAUGAAAAGGGCUAUGAAAAUGAAGAAUGCAGUAGCCGCAGCGGUUCAUCCGAUGAGAGAGCGUGGCACGAUGCUGGGUCUACAAGGAAAGAGCCAUCGCACCGUCGAAGGUCUUCAGGGAAAGAGUCGCCGCACCAUGGAAGGUCUUCAGGGAAAGAGUCGCCGCACCGUUGAGGGUCUACAAGGAAAGAGCCAUCGCACCGUCGAAGGUCUUCAGGGAAAAAGUCGCCGCACAGUUGAGGGUCUUCAGGGAAAGAGUCGCCGCACCAUCGAAGGUCUUCAGGGAAAAAGUCGCCGCACCGUGGAAGGCCUGAAAGGCAGAAGCCGUCUAACACUUCAGGGCCUUAGAGGCAGAACCCGCUACGCCAUGGAGGGUGUCAGAGGUAAGACACGACGUACGAUGGAAGGUACUGCGGCGUCUUCUACGUCAACCAAAACAAGCGCUCGUAGUACUCCUGCUGCUCAUCAAUCUUCCCUGAAAGAGAGGCUCGCUGCGAUCCAGAACAGGAUCGCAAUGAAGAAAAUGGAGAUCGCCGCAGCUGCUGAAGGGAAGAAAGAAGGACAAACGCGUCAAGGUCAACACCUAUCCAUGAAGAUGAAGAAGAUGAUGGCGUCGAAGAAAAUGAUGAAAAAAACUUCUCCAAGAAUGAUGAAGAUGAAGAAAGCCAUGUCUUCCAUGAAGGUGAAAGCUUCCCGGCAUGUACCAGCCCAAGGUAACAACAUGAGACUCGUAACUGUGACGGUUGCUCCUAAAAAAGGGAGUGGAGAGCCAAUCCGACGUCGCGUGAUGCUGAUGGAUUUGUCAAAAAAACGAGGACCCGAGGCACGUUUUCUUCAGAUGCUCCUCAAGAAACCGAAAAUUUCGAAAAAGCGAAACCACAGCACAGUGAUGAAACUCAAACGCGGAAAUGGACGUGCGAGGAAUAUAGAGUAAGAGACAUGUUGUAGUACUACUUUUAUCCUUUCAAAGAAGUAGUAGUAUCGCUAGCCGUACGAGGAUAUCAAAUAAGAAGCUGCAAAUAAGGAGAUGAAAUAGGAGAAAAAACGAGAAGUAGGUGGUAUGAACCAACAACUGACUUUUUUGGAUGUUGACAGAGUUUUCAGACAUGAUCUAUUUAGAAAAAGUAGGGGUAGUAGAAAUUGAGAAAGAGAAUCAUUCGAAAUUUGCCUUUUUCUUCAUCAACCUCGAGCUCGAUUUCAAACUGUUUGUAAGUAGUUUUAGAAGUUGUAGAACUUCUAGAAAACUAGAAGUUGUACUAGUGUACUUGUAACAAGAAUAGAGGUAGAUCUAGUGCUUUUACAUUACAAGUAUGUCGUACAGUUAUGAGACUUCUACCUAUUGCCAAGAGUCUAUUGGGUCGUUUCUUGGGUGAUGAAUGUGAAUGACUAUGUACUAACUACAGGUUUCCAUUGCAUUUGCGCGACAGCAAACUUAAACGUGACAGAAACUCGUAUGUAUAAAUAUUGUUUUUACGCGCGAAUGAUGUUGAUGGUUCGUCCAGUGAAUAAAGGUACAGGUGGUAGGGAUGGAGAUGAAGAGUUGUGGUUCUCCCUCGAACUUGUGAAGAAUCUAGGUUGCAGCAAGAAAUACUAUUCCUUCGUGAAGUUUUUGUCUGAGACUCAAUAGAGUUUGUGUGUAAAGUUGAAAUUGAAAUUAUAGAUGAAUCAUUGAUAAAAAUGGGCGUAACUAGUUAGUACGACCACUUCUAUUGUAAUGUUGCUGCUAAGUCUAGAAGUACGGAAGGCACAUAGGCUUUUUAACAGAAACGUCUGGUAUUUUUGGUAAAGGAGGCCUAAUAUUCUGUACAUCAGAUUUUUACGUAGAUUGUUUUUUCAUAUGUGUUCAGAGAGGUCAACUACAUGGUCAACAAAGUAUUCAGUAAAAGAAGUUUGGAAGGUUGUAUGAUGUACAAUUACUUCGUCGUACUUGUUCCGCGUAGAAGGUGCUCGUACUUGGAGUACUAAUUUAAAGGUACUAGUAGAUGUAGAUGAGAACAAGUAGGCCGUGAGUACUAAACUACUCGAAGAUGAAUUUUAUGGCGAAGCUCCUUUCUGAGAUCAUGGGCAUGUUUGGCGAUGCUGAACUAGAGACAUCUGCUUGACAGCGUCGCUCGGUUGUUAAGUAGAGCUGCAGGAGAAGCGGUUGUCAGUCUCGUCUAAUCCAGUGCUUCGAAACACCAAUUAUAUCGGUUGUUGUCCUAGUCGUCGUGAAAACUCGACUUGUUCGGUGGACCGCAGCAAUGAUGAAAAUUAGUUAUGGAGAGGAGUGAGUGGGAGAGUGAGACGAGAAGGAGAUGAUCUUGGGUAUUAAUAUUUAUUUUUAUUAGCAUAAUUAUGUUAAUGCUUCUAAACUCUGGUGACAAUUCGGUGAC